AUGGCAUUGGUCAGCAUCUUGGUCACCACAUUGGUCAGCACCUUGGUCACCACGUUGGUCAGCACCUUGGUCAGCACAUUGGUCACCACGUUGGUCGUCGCAUUGGUCAGCAUUUUGGUCACCACUUUGGUCAGCACGUUGGUCAACACUUUGGUCAGCACAUUGGUCAGCACUUUAGUCAACACGUUGGUCAGCAUCUUGGUCACCACUUUAGUUAACUAUUACACAAUCACGUACAACGAUUAA